UUUCAGUGCAGCGGCGCCGCUCUCACCAACUUCUGUCUCCACCGCAUUUUCCAGCAGAAGGUGUUAUUAAGUUGAGAGAUGAAAACUGCUGAUAAUUCCAAAAUGGGUGAAGAUUUCUUCAAAUAUCUACCAUCAGAAAUUGUAGUAAAUAUCCUCUCAAGACUCCCCACUCGAGCCGCUAUGGCCUGCAAGUGUGUUUGUAAGCCAUGGCUCGGAAUGCUCACUACUCCCGAGUUUGUGAAUUCGCAUAUGUCUAGAUCAGUCCCGAGCAUUGCUAUUGAAACACACUCAAAGUGUUAUGAUAUCAUUGAAUUUGCGGAUGAGCUUGACCUCAACUUUGAUGCACCAAUUCCUUGUGGUGUCGACUUCAACUUCCUACUCUCUUAUGAUGGACCAAUUUAUAGGAUACAUAAUGAUUUUGAUAAGGAGCAUCGUUGGGACGUAACUUUCAGCUUCCGUCUCCCUUUUAAAGGAAGAAUUCAGAGUUCAGCUAAUGGUUUGAUCUUUCUAAGAGACUUUGUUCAUGAUGAUCUUAUCCUGUGCAAUCCGGUCACACGUGACUAUCUCAAGCUCCCUUGUCCUCGACAAACCUCUCCAAAAGUUCCGAAUGCCAUGGAUAAUUGUGGAUUUGGAGUGAGCGGAACGACUGGAAAAUAUAAGGUGGUCAGGAUUUUCGCUGAAACAAAAGAACGACGAGAGGGUUUCAGAAAUGCCUGCCAAGUCUACACAGUUGGAACCGGAUCGUGGAAAAAUGUUCCCUUUGGUAAGCCGCUCAGGUUUUGUCAUGACAUUGGAGGGGUACAUCUAAAUGGAAAUCUUUAUUGGAUGGUAGCGAAAACAACAAGAGGCUUCUGUAGAUGGAUUUCUUGCUUUGAUCUUGAAAUGGAACAUUUUAGCUCCGUCGCUGCACCUCCUCCUCGUGGUAGAGAUUUUCUCUUGGGUAGGUCACUCUGUGUUUUGAGGGGUUGCCUUUGUGUAAGCGACAUUUCACACCAUGGGCGCGACCAUUCCGACGAUGAGAGCGACGAGGACGACAUUCCAAACGAUGGGCAUGUUAUAAUCUGGAUGAUGAAGGGAGAUGACAACAGUUGGACAAAGAUAUUUGUCAUACCCGAAGUUGAACGAUCAGCUGGUUUAGGUAAUGUUUGGCCGAUUAUAAUUUUCAGAAAUGGUGACGCGUUGAUAGAAUGGGACGAUGGCAUGAUAUUCUUCUACUCCAACAAGAGGAGAAAUUUUGACUGCGAGAUCAUGUCUCUAGAAGGUCGUGAACCGUUCUCCUCUACGACGAUAAUGUAUGCCCCAAGCUUUGUCUCUCUCAAGAGUUUUGCGAUGGAGAAUGUAAGCUCAUUUUGAGUCGUGACUGUGUAGUUUGUGUAGUUUCUUUCAUGUCUGGUGCUGUAAUGCAUGAAUGGUGAGGAACAUGAGAGAUUGAACCUCUUUUGCCAAGAUAAUAUUAUUA